CUGCGGACACUAGUGGGCAGCGGUGAGGCCGAAGCCCGGCAGCGCGGGAUGAAACGGGGUAUUCCUGCAGCUCAGCAGCCGCUUGCUCAUUUUUUGUGAAUGUCGCCAGGAAGGAUGUGGGUUUUUUCUAUUUCUCCAUGAUCUAAGUAAUCGCUGGGUCUCAACUGGCCAGUGCUCAAAAAACCAUUCAAGUGGUGAGCUCAAGCAGUGCAUUCAGCUUUUUGCUGUGCAUAGUUAAACCAGGCAAGCGGCUGAAAACCGGUAGACCCUCUAAUCUUUCCUUGAUAAGUCCCCGACCGCCGCCGCGGUUGGAUGUGUCUGAACUCGGUCCAGCACAGAAACAGGCAACUUGAAAUGCUUUCCCCGAAGAAAUGGAGAUGCUUUCCCCGAAGGGCAAACUCUGUUUCAGACUCGCGGGCGGCAGCCCACACCGCACAAAGCACGCCAAGGCUGCUGGAGGGCCCGCGGGUCCGACGGGGAAGGGGCUCUGUGCGGCGGGGCAGGCGCGCCGCAUCCACGCGUGUUCCCGUCGGGUGCGCAGGGAAAGGGCGCAUCCAUCCCACCAUUCCCCCACCGAGCCGCACACCCAGGGCCGAGUGGGCUCAGGGCAGAGCUGCCGUGUGCGGUGGGGGAACAGCACACACGUCCCGCAAGGCAGCGGGCCGAGCCCGCCCGGGUGCGCCGUGCCCCGCGCGGUACCACAUUUGCCGCGGGCAGGAGGUGUCACUUUUUGCUGCUAGCAAGUAGAAGCGGCUCUCGGCUGGAGCGUUACGGCUCGGCUUCCCGGGCGAAGUGGCCCCGGCGAAGCGCUGGGUAUUCGGGGCGCUGUGCUCGGUGGGACAGCGCGCCGGCAUCCCACAGGAGAUGGAUGGAUGGAUGGAUGGAUGGAUGGAUGGAUGGAUGGAUGGAUGGAUGGAUGGAUGGAUGGAUGGAUGGUUUCCCUCCUCCUUGACUCGCGAUGGGAGCCUCGCCCCGAGAGAGAAAUGUCUAGCCCCAACUCUGUCAUGCAACGUGACUCUGCUAGGAUCCCUCCCCGUGGCUCUUUUCAUUAAUUAGGGGCUGCAGAAUGUGUGGGGGAGGGGGAAGAGGCUGGAAGCCGCUAAUUAUUCAAACUUUGGAGACAGCAUCCAGAUGAGCUGUACAAUCUCUUUAGGGCAGCGCUUUGUAACCUGUGUGUAUCAUGCUACUGUGCAAAGCCUCCACUAAGAGAUUUCAUUUCAUCAUUACUCAUCGCCUGCAGGAUGUGUUCAGACCCCAGUGUGAGUAAAACAAGAUUUCCACGAAGAGAAACAAUUUGCUGCGGCACGAGAGGGCUGUGAAAACCUGCCCUUACCCCCGCCCCCAAGCAAUAAUCUUUUUAAUUGCACUGAGCUACAAACAGAUUUUUCUUAAGUGCCUCCUCGCGUUGUGCCCCCACCUCUGCUUUGUUGUCACGGGUUUUUGCCAUGACGCCCAUAUCCUACAGCAACUUCUUUCUGCCUUGAGCUCUAACCGCUUCUGGGCUCCAGCCGCUCCCGAGCCUGCGGGAGAGAGACUUAGCAGGACGCGCAGCGAUGCUCCGGAACGCAGCUGGGCUGUCCCAGACCCCGCUGGCUUCCCUGCCCGCCGGCGGCGGAUUCCCGUGCCCCGCUCCCGCUGUCCUGCCCCGAGGGCAGUCCGAGAGGGAAGGAGGGAGGAACGCCCGCCCCGUGCCCCGGCGGCGCCGGGCAGUGGUCCCUAACCUCGGUCCCUCGCUAGCAGCAGCCUUUGCCAUCUCGGUAUCCCGGAACAGGAAAGUCCCAGUUCAGCUUGCCCCCCAUAAGAUCCUGUCUCCCUCCUCCCGCUCCCCUCCCUCUGCCCCUUCCUGCCUUUGGCCCGUGCGAGAGGAGCCUCUUCUCUCCUUGCGGGACGGGGCUGAGGCGCUCGGGGCACCGCCGAGGCGGCAGGGAAUGGGGACUGGGCUCUGGGGACCAUCCGCCUGGGCUCAGACCCCUGCCCGGAGCCAGCGGUCCGGCGCCCCGCGAGCAGGGCUGCCUUGAGCUCUCGGCGUUGAGCUGAGAUCCCGAAGUUAGUGACUUUUUUUUUUUUUUGUCUUGUUUUGUUUUGAUUUGUUGUUUGGCCUUUUUUUUUUUUUUCCCCUCUGCUCUCGGUGCUUCCGAAGUGCCUGUAAAAUUUGCAGAGAGAGAGAGAGACUGGGGGAGGAGGAAGAAUUACGGAGAGGGAAAAGAUGGCGAGUUGCUGGAGCAGUGUGGAGAAAGCGGCAUUUUUGUGCUGCCUUUUGCUGGCAAUGGGGAGCCUAAUCUGCUGCGCCCGGCCGGAGGAGGAGGAAGAGCAAGAAGAGCAGCGCUCCUGUCACGGUGCCUUUGAUCUGUACUUCGUCCUGGAUAAAUCUGGAAGUGUCAAAAAUCAUUGGACUGAGAUUUACUCCUUCGUGGAAAGCCUAGCUGAGAAGUUCAUAAGUCCAAUGUUGCGGAUGUCUUUCAUUGUUUUCUCUUCACGAGGCACUACAAUCAUGAAACUAACAGAGAACAGGGAAGCCAUAAGACGAGGGCUCAACAUGCUUAAGGAGGAAUUGCCUGGAGGAGACACGUUCAUGCAUGAAGGAUUUAAGAGGGCAAAUGAGCAAAUUUACCAUGAAACCUAUGGAGGAGUCCGGACCGCCAGUGUCAUCAUUGCCCUGACGGAUGGCGAGUUGCAGGAUGCUCAGUUUUAUUAUGCAGAACAAGAAGCCAACAGAGCCAGAAGCUUUGGAGCUAUUGUUUAUUGUGUUGGAGUGAAAGAUUUCAACGAAACUCAGCUGUCAACGAUUGCUGACAGCAUCGAUCAUGUUUUUCCAGUUAAGGGAGGCUUUUAUGCCCUAAGAGGAACCAUUGACUCAAUUCUGAAGAAGUCUUGCAUUGAGAUCCUGGCAGCUGAACCAUCCAGUGUUUGUGCAGGAGAAUCCUUUCAAGUUGUGGUAAGAGGCAACGGCUUUUAUCAUGCAAGAAAUAUCGACCAGGUACUCUGCAGCUUCAAGCUCAAUGACAGCCUCACUAUCAAUGAAAAGCCGACUUUUGUUCAUGACACGUACUUGCUUUGCCCUGCCCCAGUGAUAGAAGAUGCUGGACAGGUGGUUUUCCUACAAGUCAGCAUGAACAAUGGGCUAACGUUCAUCUCCAGCUCUGUCAGCAUCACCAGCACACAUUGUCUGACUGGGACCAUCCUUUUCAUUGCUCUUCUGAUUCUCUUUCUACUGCUGGCUCUGGCUCUUCUGUGGUGGUUUUGGCCCCUUUGCUGCACAGUGGUGAUCAAGGAGCCGCCUCCACCGCCUCCUCCAGAGCCUGACUCAGAUGAUGAAGAUGGAUUGCCAAAGAAGAAGUGGCCAACCGUGGAUGCAUCUUAUUAUGGAGGCCGAGGCGUUGGUGGGAUUAAGAGGAUGGAGGUGCGAUGGGGAGACAAGGGGUCAACAGAGGAAGGAGCAAAACUGGAGAAACCCAAAAAUGCUAUUAUUAAGUUACCAGAACAGGAGUAUGAGCCUUGGGAACCCAAGCCAAAGAAGCCCCAUGUGAGAAAACCACCUUCUCAGCGAAAAUGGUACACUCCAAUCAAGGGUAAACUUGAUGCACUGUGGGCUUUGGUUCGACGAGGCUAUGACCAAGUCUCUCUUAUGAGACCACAGCCAGGGGAUAAGGGAAGAUGCAUAAACUUCACCCGUGUGAAAUCGGACGGAACCUCUGCCCCUUACAGCCCGCCCCCGAAGCUGCCAGUGCGCGACCACGCUCCCCUCAACAACACUCCACGGAAUCCUGCCCCUCCCGUGUCUCUGCAGCCUCCUUCCAGGCAGCCACCUCCUGGACCACCUCCAUCCCGAGCCCCUCCUGGACCUCCUCCUUCACGCCCACCCCCGCAGCCCAUGGCUUAGAGUGCAGCCAAACCUGAUCGACACCACACGUCUCUUUGCUGAACACAGCAUAUUUAUUGAGUAUUGGUUUACAGUUAAAGAUAUCAGAAUUUGUUGCUGGUCAGCAAAAAGAAAAAAAAAAAAGAAAAAGGAAAAAAAAUAUUGCCAAGUGUCAAUUUUAAUGUAUGAAUAUAUUUAUACCACACGUGCUGAGUAAACAUUCAGUGGAAAGAUUCAGAGCUAUGGGGUGUAGAAACAAACCAAAAUGAUCAUCUAGAUACAGUAGCAGCUUUUGUGUGUAUACAUUUGAAGAUCUAUUCAGCUAUGACAGUUGUCUGACUCGGUAUGUCAGAUCAUUCAUUAAUAACUUUAGCCGGUACUCAUGCAUCUGUGGCUUUGAUAGCUGCCACCUACAAGUUGGCUCAACAUAGUUCAUUGAGGAAUUUGCUUUCUUUUCCCCAACAGUACUGCAUCCAGAUGUUAAUUUUGCAAAGAUAACUUUCUGCCUUUGGUUCUGCAGGUGGGAUUUCCAUGGAAGUUUUAAGAAGCCUAUAACAGUAAUGAGGUAACAUGAGACUAUGUGCCAAUGAUCUAGCACAAUAAUCUAUCAUAGAAGAGGGAGAUUUUUUUUUCCCCUCUGGAAAGAUCAGUUUUGAGCCUGCCAUCUCUGCAUAUGUUUAGAUGUGGUUGCAUAGGAUAACCACUGAAGGUGAGAUAGCCUGUCUGGAAAUCCAGACUUUGUACAAGACUUGGGUUCAUAUUUGUCCAAAGUUCAGAGAAAUUUUGAGAAAAAUAUUUUGGCCUGGUGUUUAGUUUUCAUUUACAGAAAGAGUAGUCCAAAGCGAAGCA